UUACUUCCAGCUCUCUAGAGAACAUCCCACAGUCUGUUGUCCCUUGUUCCUUUGUGUGCAUGGCCUCUGUACACCGAUGGAAAUGUGGGUAAAUAGCAUGGAAGGUGUGAGGGGAGACACAUUUGUAGUGGCAGGAAAGCUGCUGGACGAACACAAACUGAAUCCUGAAGAAGAGAUCUGUGUAUGCUUGAAAGCUUGUGUCUCUCACCAUCCGAAGUUGGUCCGCACCUACCUUGUCCCUUCUAUGUAACUUUUAAGUUAUUUAAAGUAACUCGUGCUUCUCUGAGUCCUAAUGUGAACUAGGAGGGAACAUUUUCAAAAAGUGCCUGUGACUUAGGCCCUCACUAUAUUCAGUGGGUGUUGGGCGCUUAAGCACCUGCCAACCUCUGCACUUUAUAGGGCCAAGUGCACUGUAGUGCAAAUUGCAGCCGUAACUCCAGCCAUGUUUGUUUUAGUUUGAUUUUUUUCUUACUCCAGCAGAGAUGGCCUUUGAGCAUUGAAGGUAAAUGCUAAAAAGGAUUUACUUCAGAAUGCCAUGCUUCUGCUGACCCUUAGCAUGUCACUACUGUACAACUAGCUAAUUUGGUAGCUUCAAAGGUUUUUAUAGUAAUGUGUGUAUUUCCACCUCACUGUUCUGCAUAAGUGUCCUCAUUGAUAUGUACGGGCACUCUGCACUACUGACUACUCUUUCCUCAUUUUUAAUUUAAUAUUCCACUCACCAAAAAUCCAAAGUGAAUUUGGUUGAGUGUACACGAGUGCCAACAUAGCAAUUUUAAUUUUUUGUCUAGGCUGUUAAAAAUUGAUGGCUUAACCCCAUUAGAGGAAAGCUCCAGUACCUAGUAUUUUUCCAUACUUAUUAAUUGUGUUGAUGACAUUCUUAGAUAUUGUUUUACAGAAUGUUUUCUCGUCUUUUUAUUCCUUCUCCUCCAGUUGAUGCUUUGGAUCCAGAGAAGUUAAUACAAUGUCCAUAUGAUCGUUAUCAUCAAAUCCGAGCCUGUCGCUUUCCCUAUCAUCUUAUAAAGUGCAGGAAGAACCACCCUGAUAUUGCCGAGCAGCUAGCCACAUGCCCCUUUAAUGCCCGCCAUCAGGUUCCCAGAGCUGAGAUCAGCCAUCACAUAUCAAGCUGUGAUGACAAAAGCUGCAUUGAGCAAGAGAUUGUGAGUCAGUCAAAUACCUGCCACAGAGAGAUGAUGAAUACUGUCAGCAUGUGGCAGCCGCCCCCAUGCGACGAAGACUGGGAUGAAGAGCUACAGGAGCAAUCAAAUUCUGUGUUCGUUUGGGGCACGUUCAAUAGUGGCAUAAACAACAGCCCUGGGUCCAGCGUAAUGAUGGAACCAAAGAAUAAGCUAAUGCCAGGCAUGAGAGCACCCAGGUCCUUGCCAUAUAGCCUAUCCUGGAAAAGCAGGACAUCAAUGACCUUCAGUCCCAAGAUGGAAGUGAAAGAGACCCCAAGAUCCUGGCAGUGUCCCCCCUGCCAGGAGAACUGGGAAGCAGAUGAGUAUCCAUGAAGAAACUCUUGUCUCGGUCACUGGCAUGUGGCACCUAUGGCUUACAGGACUUGACUGAAGCUGUGGUACUAUAGUGUAGGUGUAAUCCACCCCCUCGAGGAUGUAGCUAGGUCAGUGGAAGAGGUCUUUCAUUGACCUGCCAGUGUCUAUACCAGGGCUUAAAUUGGCUUAACUACAUCUCUCGAGGGAUGAAUGUUUCACAUUCCGAAGGGACAUUGUGAGGUCGGCAUAAGUUUUAGUGUAGACCAGGCCUUAGAGU